AUGAUCGCCCGUGUUUGUCUGCAACGCUCCAUCGCCCAACCUAGUCGUCGGCUUUUGACGACGAAUGCGCCACGCUUUGCGGAAGCAUCUAGCACGAGCACUGGGCUCCCUCCGGGCGUGGAAAUUGCGCCUGUGAAAGUCAAACGGCCAAUAGGUGGUCUGCGUGGAGGUAUAUUUGGGUUCUUAUUGGGCUUUUCACUCGCAUCUGCCUACGCUUCAUACCACUUGCUUGAGGAGUACCAGGCAGCAUCCGCUCAGCUCCAGGCUAGUGUCGAAGAGCUCCAAGCCAGUACUCGCAAGGUGUCCUCGCACGUGCGACGUAUCGAAGAGGUGGAGAAAGAUUUAAAGGCACUGGCAGAAAACACUUCAAGCAAGGAAGAUCUACAAAAGGCACGAUCAGAAGCAAAGAAACUUGUGGAUGGACUUCAUAUCGAGUUCCUCGACUUGCGCUCUCAUGUUUGGGGAAUGCAACAAGACUUGCAUUCUGUAAUCAAAAAAGAAACUGGUGCUCAACGUACUUGA